AGAGGGGAAGGGGAUACGAAUCGCGUAAACAGAGAGUCAACAUGUAAACAGGCCACUCGCGAGACAAACAACGUGGGGGCCGCGGGCUGUUCACCGAACGCGAGGCAGCCAGGCUCUCGCCUGUUCGUUCGUACGUUCUCUGCUGGCAUUCGUGUGUGCUUCGUUUCCGUCCGUCGAUCCGUCUGUUCUCUCUCUGGCGUUGAAUUUAUCGAAUCUCGUGGCCGGCGUCGACGGUGCCGGUGUUCCACACCGCCAAUUCACGGGCAUCGAUCGUCCGUGCGCGGUGUUCGCCGUUCAAUAUCGAUAAUAGGCCGAACCGUGUCGCGAUCUAUCGCGGGAUCAAUGGUGCGCGUACGCGUCGCACGCGAGAUUCAAGGUUAAUCGCGCAGAUUUUGGAGCGGACUCGUGUUCACCGGUUCAGUGCACGUGUUUUCCCCGUUUACCUGGAGUGCGACGACUGUGCCGCGAAUGUGACGGUCGUGCCACCAAUGAGGAACGAGGUUUUAUUAUCGAUGUUGCCGAAUACCAAUGACCCUUCGCCGAGUCGGUGCAAAGAGGAAGGUUAUAUAGCGAGCGUUUUCGUCCCGGCCCCUCAGUAGCGUGUCGCGGUUCGAAUAUAGAAAAUGCGAACGAUCGGUAUCCGCGAUACCUGCCGUUUAACCGCCGCGUUACAACCGCGUGAUCUUCGCCUGUUAUAGUUCAGUGGACUUGGCUGGUGGUGUUUCGUCGUGACACCUGGCAAGUACGUCGGAAUGCUUCGACCGUGCGUGUUUCCCUCGUUAUACGGAGAGUUAGUUAAUCGGUUAGUUGGUUAGUUACUUAGUUUCGAUGCAGAGUCCGUGGCGGUGUGUAUCGUGUUACCGGAAAAUCGAUUAGUGUGCCCGGCGCGUGAAAAUCGACCUACCACGCUGACUCGAGAGAGGAACAUUCCAGCGUGGAUCGUCAACAGGUGUACGCCCUAAUGAUACACCGACCAGACGAUGGAUAUUGCUGUUAACAUCCGUGUACAGUGAAGAGGAGGUGCUCCGCUGCGGUCUCGCGUGAAUCAUUAGUUUCUUGCAGCGGUCCGGCUACCACGUGAGUCAGUGGUGUAUACUUCCCAGGCUUCUGAGACAGUGUGACAUGGCUUGUUAAUGGACACAUCGGUGAGAAUCCGUUCGACAACGGUUCCUGGGGAAAGGAGCAGUUUCAGCCAUCCACGGUUCCUUGGCAGCUGAAUCCGCGCGGCCACGCUCGUCCCAGUGACGAUGGCAUAAUGGAUCAUGACACAGACGGAGACGGCGCGAUCAACUUGUCAACGUCACAGCGACCCUCCGCCGCCACUACCCCGAAUGGUGACACCCCCUCGUACGGCCAAGAUCAACAAGACAACGACCAGGCUACUUCGCUGUUUGCAGCCCUGAAGCAGCAUCAACAACAACCUCGCGACAGUGUUUCCUCGUCGAGGGAGCGCGAGAAUCGAGAACGAGAUCGACUGUCGGUCCGUAACCGUGAAAACACCAGGAGCAACGAGUUAAGUGGCGGCGUAACGGAACAACAACAGCAGCAGCAACAACAGCAACAGCAGCAGCAACAACAACAGCAACAGCAACAAGACCUCACGAUCGAGUACCAGAGCAAUGGAAAGCUCAGUCCCGCUGGGCUCGCAGUGACAACAGCACCCAUGACCCAGCAAAAGCAACCUAUCAUCACGCAGCAAUCGCAACAGCCCAGUUCCGGGGCACCAGGUCCCCAACCGAGCCCCCAUCAAAGUCCACAAGCCCCGCAGAGGGCUUCUCCACCGAAUCCUUCGCAAGGUCCUCCGCCCGGAGGACCGCCAGGGGCACCACCCUCUCAGAAUCCCUCGCAGAUGAUGCUCAAUCCGGCGAGCGGCAUCCAUCAGAUGCAACAGUUGUUGCAACAGCAUAUACUCAGCCCUACGCAGCUGCAGUCCUUCAUGCAGCAGCACACGCUAUACCUGCAGCAACAACAGCAGCAACACCAUCAGGACACCACCUCGGAGCAUGCGUCAAAUCAAGAACGAUUCGGCUACUUUUCCUCCCUAAAGGACCACCAACAUCAGUUCGCAGAGCUGGGUAGGAAGAAGCUGGAACAGGCGAUACAGCAGUUGCAGGAGCAGUUGCAGCUGAACGUGAUCCAGCAGUCUCAUCUGUUGCAAACGGCCGACAAGAAGAAGGCGUCAGCGCCUCUUCAGCAAUUGGCGCUCCAGCAGCAACGUUUGAUCCAGCAACUUCAGAUCACGCAGAGCCAGUAUCUCCUUCAGCAAGGGCUGGGUCUUCAGGGACACAAUCCUUCUUCGGGUCUGCAACCUGGUGAAGGGCUACCGAUGUGGAAAUCGGAGACACUGGAUGGCCCUGAAUCCCAUCAGAACUCGAACGUCCCAAAAUCUGGGGCCGGACUGAACGGACUUCUGAAUUCGACAGUGUCGAGUCGGCGAUCGGAGAUGAACGGAACCACUCCACUGGACGAGAAACCGUUGGACGUUUCCUCGAACGACAAGGCUCAUCCCCUCUACGGUCAUGGGGUCUGCAAGUGGCCAGGCUGUGAAGUUAUUUGUGAAGACUAUCAAGCAUUCCUUAAACAUUUAAACACGGAACACACGUUGGAUGACCGAUCGACGGCGCAAGCCAGAGUUCAGAUGCAAGUGGUCUCGCAGCUGGAGAUUCAGUUGCAGAAGGAACGGGACCGGUUAACCGCCAUGAUGCACCAUCUGCACAUGGCGAAACAAAUGGCUUCCCCCGAACCACCAAAGUCGUCCGAGUCAUCGACGGGCUCGAGUAUACCAAAGUUAAAUCUCUCCACCGCCCUGAUGAGCCAACCACCUCCAAACUUCGGUGUCUCCCAAGUGUCUCCUGUCUCGAUGUCCGCCCUGGUCUCGGCUGUGAGGUCGCCAGCAGGUAGCCAACAGCAACCAUCCGGUGGAGCACCCAUGCCACCCAUUCCUAACAUGUCGAACAUGUCUGGACUGCCUCCGUUUUCGAACAUGCCAGGCAGUAUGCAGAGCAUGGCAGGACCCGUUAGGCGACGUAUCAGCGACAAAUUAUCGCUGGCAGGAGGACUGUAUGACGAGGGCACUGUAAGGCGCAGAGUAGCCGUCGAUAGAUCUGGAAUAGAUAUUAACGAAGAAAUUCAACGAAAUAGGGAAUUUUACAAGAACGCCGACAUCAGACCGCCGUUCACGUAUGCAUCCUUAAUCCGACAGUCCAUCAUUGAGUCACCGGAGAAGCAACUGACGCUGAACGAGAUCUACAAUUGGUUCCAGAACACAUUCUGCUACUUCCGGCGUAACGCAGCAACGUGGAAGAACGCAGUGCGACACAACCUGUCUCUCCACAAAUGUUUCAUGCGAGUCGAAAACGUGAAAGGCGCCGUAUGGACGGUGGACGAAGUGGAGUUUUACAAGAGACGUCCUCAACGCGCUUGCAGCACGACCGGGGGUGUCCCGUCGAAGAGUCCAACCUUGACCCAUAGUCCAACCAUGUACGGUGACGCGUUAAACGCCAAUAUCCAGUAUUUCCAGGCGACACUCGGAGACUCGAAUAUGGGAUUUCUCAGCAACUCGAUGUGCACGUCGAUGACAACGAGUCCCGACAAGGAGCACGUGUUAGCCCACAACGAUUUAAUGUCGCCGUUGGAUGAACCAGCCGUGCACAUAAAACAGGAGGGCCAAAGUCCGGAGGGGGGUAAACUCACGAGAUUAAUAAAACGAGAGCUGGUCGACGCACCGGCGGAGCAAGAGGGCGAAGAAGAUCAGGUGGACGAGAGGGAGUAUCCCGAAAGCCACGGACACGAUUCCGGCCAGGACGAAGACGUGGCCGAAGACCUGUCGAUGGCACCCGACAUAAUGACCCCCGAAGAUCAGAUCGAGGCGUAGUAUCGUUCCUCGAGAAACGAUUAGGUUCGAGCUGUCGCGUUGAAGUCCGGUCGUGUAAGAAGAAGCUACCUGUUCCUCGUCGGUGGAGAACCAGGACCAGGAAGCGUAAAGUGGUGAAAAAUGAAAAAGCGAAAUAAAACGAAGACGCGAAGAGGACGAUGAAGGCCCCUAGGACCAGCCGCUCCUUCGUAAGAGACCCCCCUCACCCCUCACUCAUCAUAUCCGAAGCCGUGAUACGUUCGAAGCGGCUUUAAAAGGUAAAGACAAGAGGAAUAGAAGCGAACAGAGGCACUGAACGUACGCUGUGCGUGAUCGAUCACGACGAACAAAUCGACCCGAAUCGAUCGUCGCGAUCCUUCGAUCCAUAUCCUUACUCAAGCAAUCGCGAACAACGAUGUAUUUUCUGUUCUUCUUCCAUUUCGUUUCGGAACCGCGGUUAUAUCUCUAUAUACAUGUAUACAUAAGUAUAUACAUAUACAUAUAUCUCUAACACCCUCUCUCACACUCUCUUUCUCUCUUUCUCUUUCGUGUACAUUGCAUUAGCGAGUAAAUGAAGAAGGGAAACCAAUCGCAUCCGCUGUAGUUCGUGACGUUUCGACGAACGGGUCACCCUUCAAGAGCAAAGGGGAAAAGAGAACCUUCAGCCUGAUCUUCGUGACUCGUUUCGGCUUCCGGCAUCGUGGAUACUCGCGCGUGUACGACCGCCUCUUUCGAGUGAAUGCGCGUUCCGCGUGCUACGCUGAUCGCGACUCCCAUUUCUGGACCAAUUUCAAUCAAGAAAAUUACCAUUAUUCGAAACGUUUCGUUUUUCACUUUAGAAUUUGAUUCGAUAUUUUGAUCGCCACGAAAAAUGGCAGCGCAUGAUCACCAUAGAUUAGAAUCGCAAUUGCUCGAAGUACGAAAGUUUAAAAUUUUUGCUUUUAGCGUAAAUGAAUUUGGCAAUUAGCGUAAAGAGUUGAUUUAUCGCGAUUCAAGGUACAAUCAAAGUCGAACGAUAAAUACGAAUCGCGAUUAGAAGAGCACGCGGAACACUCGCCUGAGGAUAUUAGUAAGAGCGGUGAGGGUGAAUAGGAAUGGUUGGAAAAUUAAAUUUAAGAUAAAAUUGCGAAGCUGCGACGGUGGCGACGGGUACGCGCGGGAACGACUGACCCUUUUUAGUCUUAAAUGUAUAUCGUUCGUGGUAAUUAGGAUAUCGUGAGGAUCAAAAUCUCUCGUGAUGUAAAAGGAUACCGGGGACUCCUUUCGAAAGGAGCCUCGUUCUCUAAUAUCAGACACUUAAGGUUAAGGAAGCGUUCGCGUACGAGGCACGAGCGCAAUCCCGACGUGCCCGGCCGUUGCUCUCUUGCUAAUUACUGUAUAGUUUAGGAGAAAUUAAUUAAGUAAGUAGUUUCGUAACGAUCGACGAUCAUAAACGUCGACGAUUCCGCGAGGAAGAACGUACACGCGCGCGUAUCCUUGCAGUUUUCGAUCGCGAUUACUUUCGAGCUCGUUCACGAAUUACGGAAUAAAGGAUGGAGAAAGGAAAAGAACGCGAUGAAGGGAGUUCGAAACGAGAAAGAAACAAAACACAAGAAGCGGAUGCCACGAAAGCACUUAUAAAUAAAUUCAAUUACUAUGUAUGCAUAUACAUAUACAUAUAUUAAUACGUAUACGUAUCGGAAAUUAUAAGAAAAUUAGAUAUCGAUGACCCAACCCCUGUUCACCAUUUUCCCUCCAAAUUCUAAAACAACCAUCGCUCUCCAACUUUCCGCUCCUAGUCCUGUGUAAUCAAGCUCGGUUCCGAAUUGAAAGAAAGGCAAUACGACUGGAUAGAAUCGUCGCGUCCGAAAAUGUACGAGGGGUCGUUACUCGUCGGUCUUCGAACCCCUGAAACACGUCGAGUUUAGGUCGAAAGCGUGCUCAGGUCGGUAUGGGAGAAUUUUUUUUGGAGAUCUCUCGCGGUCAGAGAUCACCACGAAUAAAUCGAUUUCGUUUCGAUGAUCGUCGACGGCCACCGAGGAUUUGUGAAUCGUGCUGUUCGAAUCGCGUUAAACAGCGACCGGAACACGAUCGCGUGUGAUAUAUUUCCGUUCGAGAGCCGUAGCCACGCGGAGGAUACCGUUUGUUUGUAAUAUUUUUGUAAAUUGAAUUCGUUCUCGAGGACGUUAGAGACGUGUGCUCGCUCGUGUAGAUAGCUUUUAGGAUCGGGCCUUCUCCCCUUAAUUGCCAGGGUAAUUAUUAAUCGACGACGAGAAUACUUCCGUCGUGUCGGUGACGCGAAACGUGUUAGACAUGAAUCAUCUAUCGUGAUCGGUUAAAUCGAGACAAGACACAUCGAUCGAAGUUUCUCGCGUCUUGACGUUUUAACGAUUUUUCUAGUAAGGACAAAUUAUUCAUCUUUGGGUGUCUAUAUUAGCUCGACUCUACUUAGUAAUAUUAGCACAACGAGAAGUUACGAGUCAUCUUUGUUUUUUCUUUUCUUUUACGCAACGUUAUUCGCCUCGAGUUUAGUCGGUUUCUCGCGUCGUUCGAAUCCAAAUCACCAGAUUAUUCUCUUAUUUUCAUUCCUCUUAAUCCUUUCGCUACCAAACGGCGUAUUAACCCUCGAAGCAUGAAUCGAUAACAAUUUCAAUUUACUUUUAGUUAGACUGUUUUAACAAUUUAAUCUGUUUCUAUUUAUUACGCGUCACUUACAAUUUACAAUUUUCAAAGUAUGUUGUAGCGAAAGGGUUGACGCGUUAACUGCCACCGAUAGAUAAUUAAAACACCGCAGUUGCAAUUGUUCCAAUUUUCGAUCGAAGCGUUCUACCCAGAAUUUUACGUAACUUUAGCUGUUUUCUACCAAUUGUGAAAUAUGAAAUUUGUACGACAGUUAACGCGUUUAGUUACUCUGUCCAUUCCGCGCGCAUAACGUUAGUUAGCAUAGGACGUUUAAGUUUCGGUCUCGCGUUGUUCCAAGUCGACUCCCACGCAAAACCCACUGAAAUUUCUCCGCUCAUUCACGAUCCAUGAUACUCGUUCGCGAACAAAAUCACAAAACAUUAGAGAGAGAAAGGGAUCAAGCGAGACACGCGUAAUCUGCGAGUGUGUGCAUCGUCACGUGCGUCACCGAUCAAAAAUUAUCGGCUAAUAAACGAAAAGUAUCCAGAGAAUAAAACGUAGAGAAAAGUGUUCAGACAAAAACUCGAAGACAACUGAAAAUGAUUGGAAAAACCGGUGCCGUUUUGGGCUCGCUUUCACGUAAUGCUACUAUUACUAAUCUAAGUCUAUACAUGUAUUGUGUAUAAUGGAUUUAAGGACUCGAUAUAACAUAGGAAAGACUCUCCUUUGUAAAUAGUUGAACACUCGUCGAGGCAUUAGGGAUUUGCGAACAUUGCGGAUGAAUGAAGUUUAUCGAUAAUGUGGUAUAUAAAAGUCUAUAUAUAUACAUAUAAAUACAUACAAACACACAGACAGACACACAAUGCGUUACGCGUAUCCCGGCUGCAUUUAAUUUUUACUUUCGAAAUGUCGGAUAUCGCCGUGAACGAAGAUGGCCGAGCGCGAAACAAUUCUGUCACGGCAGCUCGAACGAAGAUACUUUCUCGUUUUGUCGUAUAUAUUAUACGUAUGUGCGAAACGAACGGGAACAAACGGUCGGUCGAUCGAUUUCGAGUGAACACGAUGUUCUUCAAAGUCGAUACACUUUUUAGCACACGGAGACCGUUCAACGACGUUUUUCAUUUUAACGAGCGUUGUUUUUUUGUAUAGUAGCCGGCUGUUACCCUGCGAAUAUUCUAUAUUGUACAUGUUUAUACGUUCCCUGUUAUGUUUGUUGUAUAUUUCUAAAAAAUAGGUCUGUAUAAAUGUUUCGAUUUUCGUACGAGCGUAAGAAAGACGGGAUUUUUAGAGUACUUUUCUGGUUCAUCGUUUCGUCACAUUUUUAUCGGCCAGAUAAUACUUCUCUUUCUCAUCCUUUCUCUUUUACAUUCGAUGCUAAUCUUUUCUAUUCAUGUUCGUUUCGUUACGAAGUAUGACGAACCAACGCGAUCAUAUCAAGUUAGUGGUAUCGAGUGAACAGUGCUGAAUCGAUAGUUUUUCUCUUUUUAUUCGUUUCGUUGUGUUUCUUUAUUCAAAUUCUAUCGUCGUGAAAUUGUAAAGCGUGUUAAGAAUGAAUUUAUUUUCUUCUCUGGAAUCGAGCUUAUUACGGUUAAUAAAGAUGUUUUUUCGCGUCGCACGUGUUCACUCAAAAUGUUUCGCGAUGUCGAAUUUCAAUCGUUUCGAGCAUCGUCGAUCGCGAUCAUUGGAACACGGGAGAAUCUAUUUUUUAAAGAGUCACGUUAUAUACAAGAACAACACGAAUUGGAAAUUAUUCUCGUCGCUUAGAUCGGAUCUCGACGCGUCGGAUUCGUCGAUGAAUUUUUCAGUAUUAUUCUGUGCCGCAUGAAAGAAAAAAACAAAUAAAGAAAAGAAAACGAGGAAGUUCUUAAACGCGAUCCGAGCUCCUUAUUAGAUCAAUGAAAAUUUCCUAGGAACAUUAUCGUCUCUGGAUUAUUUGAUUAAGUAUUGUAUGAUAAGUUGCCUUGUAAAAAUGUACCGAUUUUACCGAAGAAAUUAAAUGUGUUACUGAAAGAAAACCCAACAAUCUCUCUGGAACUGUUUCCAUCGACCUUUUUUUUUUCUUAAACGAAAAAGAAAAAGAAAGGUAGCGGGCAAUAGCAAUUUAUCGAUUAUAAGUAGAGUGUAAUUUGUAAGUAACACGAGAAAUUAUCAUUUUUCACCUGUACUUUCUUUGUAUAAGACUGACAUCGUUUGUAUAUGCUUAAAUAUGAUGUUGUUAGGGUACGUCGAGGUUUAUACACGUAAAUUAAAUGUGUCUACGAUUAAUAUGUGUUUUAGAAUCACAGGAAAAAAGAACCUUAUAUCAUACUGUACAUACAACACUUAAGGAGGUCGCAUUUUCUAGUUCGAAUUAAGCAUUUAGAGUUUAAGUCUUUAUCUAAUAGAAUCGUCUUGAGAAGAGUAUACAUACUUAAUAAAAAGAAAACAGCAAUUCGUGAACAAGAGGAUUCAAAGCUGUCUAAACUGUUUGUUUCCGAACUCCUUGUUUAUCAUAUUUAAAAUAAAACAACUGCAAA